UCUCUCGUGUUUUGAUAAUAUUAUUAUUUAUUAUUGUAUCACUGUCAAAGUGUCAAACAUAAAAAAAUGAGCAGUGGACUUGCUCCAAGUAAAUCAACAGUUUACAUUUCAAACUUGCCAUUUUCAUUAACAAAUAAUGAUAUACAUAAACUCCUAGAGCAUCAUGGAAAAAUUGUCAAAGUAACUGUUGUAAAAGAUAGAAAGUCACGAAAAAGUAAAGGUGUUGCUUUUGUGUUAUUUUUAAAACAAGAAGAAGCAUCAGAGUGUGCUAAAAAUAUAAAUAAUACUGAAAUUGGUGGUAGAACAGUUAAAAGUUCAAUUGCUGUUGAUAAUGGACGUAGUGCUGAUUUUAUAAGACGUCGUGAAUAUCCAGAUAAAUCACAGUGUUGGGAAUGUGGACAAGAAGGACAUUUAUCAUAUCAGUGUAGCCAAAAUACACUUGGACCAAGAACACCACCACCUAAAAAAAUAAGAAUACGUAAAAAAUCAAAAAAUCAAACAUCAGCAAAUGGUCCAACUGAAUAUUAUGACAGUGACAGUGAUGAUGGUUUAAAAAAACCAAGAAAAAUACCAGCUGUUGAACAAGAUGAUACUGAAGAGUAUGAAGAAGAAGACACUGAAACAUUGAGUGCUGCAAUUAGACUAGAACAAGAACAAUAUGAACUAGAAGAGUAUAGAAAUAAAGUUGCUAAUGGACAAUAUGAUGAUUUAAAUAGUCAAAAAAUUAAUUUACAAAAUCGCAAAAGAUUAAAAGUUAGUAAUUAUUUAAGUGAUGAAGAUGUUGAAUUGAGUGAUUAAUAUAAUUUUUGUUAU